AUGACCAACGCGAGACAAACCGCGACAUCAGUUGAUAAUGACGACCCUCCCCCGCGAUACAACGCUUAUUGGGGUGCAGAAGAUAGACAAGCUAGACAUGAGCUGUCUUUGUCUGAGCCGCCAUGCUCCACUGCACCAUUGCCUAGUCUUUUCCUAACCGACGAUGGCCGGGUGGACAUGCGAGUUGGAUCCCGAUUUAGCCGCAACCUGGAAUGGUUGAUGGAUGCCCAGCCCACUGAAGCGGAGUCAUCUCGACCGGCAGCUGCAGCUCCUACAUUAGCAGCUCAAUUUAACCUUGGUCUCAAUAUUGUCAUCCAAGUGGUAGGUAGUCACGGUGACGUACAGCCCUUCGUCGCCCUGGGCGAGGAGUUGCAAAGACAUGGACACCGCGUGCGGUUGGCAACACAUGCCAAAUUCGAAGCAUUUAUCAAGUCUGCUGGACUUGGGUUCUUCCCUAUUGGCGGAGAUCCUGUUGAGCUAAUGUCGUACAUGGUGCGCAACCCGGGAUUAAUUCCGAGCAUGAAGAGUCUGUUGGCGGGCGAUAUUCAACAAAAGCGAGCCUCAAUUGCUCAGAUUCUACAAGGCUGCUGGAGGUCUUGUAUAGAUCCAGAUCCACAUAGCAAAGAGCCUUUUGUCGCAGAUGCUAUCAUUGCAAAUCCGCCAAGCUUUGCCCAUCUGCAUUGCGCACAAGCCCUUGGGAUCCCUGUUCACCUUAUGUUUACCAUGCCCUGGACGGGGACCAGAGCUUUCCAUCAUCCGCUUGCAAACCUGAAGUAUCUUGGAAGCGAUCCUACAAUAGGGAAUUUCAUCUCCUAUUACUUUGUUGAAUGGAUCACUUGGCAAGGGUUAGGCGAUCUGAUCAAUGAAUGGCGACGAAAUACUCUAGAGUUGGAUCCUGUGCCGGUCACGGAGGGUCCAAACCUACUCGAAACUUUGAAAGUUCCCUUUACUUAUUGCUGGUCCCCAGGAUUGGUUCCAAAGCCAGAGGACUGGGGCUCUCAUAUAGUGGCUUAUGAGCCACCGGCAGAGCUCGAUGCAUUUCUGCGUGCAGGACCAUCACCCAUUUACAUCGGAUUUGGCAGCAUAGUCCUCGAGGAUGUGGAGAAAACCACCUCAAUUCUCCUGGAUGCAAUUCAAAUGACAGGAGUGCGUGCUAUAAUCUCUGGGGGUUGGAGUGGGCUUCAUGGGCGAGACACUCCUAAUGUCCACUACAUUCGGGACUGCCCACAUGAGUGGCUAUUCAAGCAUGUCGCCGCCGUCGUUCAUCACGGCGGUGCGGGUACUACGGCAUGUGGUCUACGGAAUAGCAAGCCUACUAUUAUUAUUCCGUUCUUUGGAGAUCAACCAUUUUGGGGCAACAUGGUCGCUGCUGCUGGGGCUGGGCCGGAGCCUAUCCCCUAUAAGAGCCUGACAGUGCAGAGACUAGCAGACGCAAUUUCUUAUUGCUUCACCCCGCAUGCUGUUAGCGUAGCUCAGUCGAUUGCGGAUAGAAUCCAACAGGAAUCCGGUGUCCGUGCAGCAGUAGAUUCGUUCUAUGCACAUCUGCCACAGAAGAUGAUGCAAUGCGACCUCAUUCCGGGGCAAGUUGCAGUUUGGAAACUAAAGAAAGGAAACCAGACACUCAAACUUUCGAAUUGCGCCGCAUUUGCUUUGAAUAGCCAAGGGCGAUUUCAAAAGAAACAUCUCCGAAGAUAUCAGAGCAAGCCUUUCACGAUCGAAACUCAAUGCUGGGACCCAUUUACGGCCGUCUCAUUAGCUUCACUGUCAACUUUCAGCGGUAUGGCCGAUGCCACAGCUGGCAUCUUCAUCGACCCUUACAAAGAGUAUAAAUAUCUUCGAUCAAUUCGAAACUCGAGCCUUUCCGGCCCGACCGAGGUGGCUUCUACAACAGCCAUUGCAGCGUCGACAAAUCAUCUUGAUGUCAAUGUGGACCCGGAUCAUCCUCCGAAUGAUCCUGAAUACGCUAAACGGAUGGCACUAGCCUCGGCAAUCAGUCUGGGGAGAUUUCUCGGCCGAUCUUCACGCGGUAUGUUCAUCGACCUGCCACUAGCAGCAACAGAAGGGAUGCUGGCCAUCCCCAGGCUUUACGAUGCUCGAACACGGGAACAUGCUCCUGUGCGAGGAUGGAAAAGCGGUGCAGCCGUGGGGUGGUCGACCUUCAGCCAUGGUCUGUAUGAAGGCUUUACGGACAUCUUCGUGCACACCUACCAUGGCAAGAAGAAAGAAGGGCCGUUUGGAGUAGCCAAGGGAUUGAUGAAGGGGCUCACCAGUUUGACGGUCAAAACCGGAGCCGCUACGAUCGGCCUUGUCGCUUAUCCAAAUCAGGGCAUGUAUCGUUCUCUUCGAGCCCAUUUGAGAACCGAAAUUACUAAAAUAAUUGUGGAGGCCAGAUGGGUUGAGGGAGAAUGGCGUAUGAAUGAGGAGGCUGUGACUGUUGACGUGGACGUGUUACUAUCUGCCUUUGAUGAUCUGUUGGUGACCCGAGACAAAGCACGCCGAGCACGCUGGAUGUUGGGCUAA